UUUGAUGACGUCUCUGUGACCCCGGAAGCAGUCCUGAAAGGUGGGGACGGCACGAUGGCGGCGCGGACGGCUUUUGGGACUGUGUGCCGGCGCCUCUGGCAGGGCUUGGGCACUUUUUCUGUUAACAAUUCUAAGAGCAGUACAGUAAAAAAUGGUGGCUUUCUUCUCAGUACCAAUAUGAAGUGGGUACAGUUUUCAAAUCUACACAUUGAUGUUCCUAAGGACGUGACCAAACCUACGAUAACAAUUUCUGAUGAACCAGAUACAUUAUAUAAGCGCCUGUCAGUUUUAGUAAAAGGCCAUGAUAAGGCUGUAUUGGACAGUUAUGAACAUUUUGCUGUGCUUGCUGCCAAAGAACUUGGUAUCUCUGUUAAAGUUCAUGAACCUCCAAGAAAAAUAGAGCGAUUUACUCUUCUCAAAUCAGUGCACAUUUUCAAGAAGCACAGAGUGCAGUAUGAAAUGAGAACACUUUACAGAUGUUUAGAGUUACAACACCUAACUGGAAGUACAGCAGAUGUCUACUUGGAAUAUAUUCAGCGAAACUUACCUGAAGGGGUUGCCAUGGAAGUAACUAAGACAAAAUUAGAGCAGUUACCAGAACACAUCAAGGAGCCAAUCUGGGAAACAGUACCUGAGGAGAAAAAAGAAACCAAGUCAUAAGGCUUCAGGGAGGCUUCUCACGCUUCAACUGGAAAUGAGCGUGGGCCAGAUGUGUUUGUUUAAAUGGAGAGCGAUUCCAACUGAGGUGAUUUUAAGUCCACCUAACUGUUCUAUUGAGUCCUCGAGUCCUGGUGAGCUGUGAGCAGGGAACAGGACGUUAAUGACAGACUGGACUAUAGUGAAAGACCCACUCUGUUCCUUUAUACAUGCCAUUGUUUUAGUUCUGAUUUUAGCAAACAUGAACAAACCGUUUUGACUACCAUCAGCAAAAGAGUCAAAUUCAUAUUUUGUUGUGCUACUGCUGCUCAGUUAUUAGUUUUGCCAGUUUUAAUUUACAUCAGUUUCAUCCGAAUGUAAGUGUUCAAAGUUUUCUUUUUUUUUUUUUUUUUUUUAGAGACACAAUCUCACUUUGUUGCCCUUGGUAGA